AUCUAAUGCUAUUUGGUGAACAGUGAAUGUCAUUGUCAAACCUCGUGGAAAUUCGCGAAAAUUCGUGAAAAUUCUAUAGAUUGACAUUAUUUAGUGCGAAAAUUUUUGAUAUUAUAAAUUGAUCAAAAUGCCUUACUAUGCAGUAGCCAAUGGUCGUACAACUGGAGUUUUUGAUAAUUGGGAAGAUUGUAAAAAACAAGUGGAUGGGUACUCGUACAAUGAUUACAGAAGAUUUGAAACACCCAAUGCAGCUUGGGACUAUGUUGAUCAAAAUUCUUCACAUGGACAGAGUUUUACUGAAGAUUUUUCCAAUCCUAAAGCUAUUGCUUGUGGAGGCAAAAAUAACCAAGUUGCUUUAAGAGGAAAUUGUGGAGAAGCUAGGGCCUACCAACGAACAGAUUAUGUGGAAGGAAAAAACGUUACUAUGGUGCGUGAACGCACAUGUACAAGCGGUCGGAGUGGCAACGGUUAUUAUGUCGAGCAACGCGUACGCACUUACUGGGAAAACCGCAAAUAAGAUACUAAAAAAAAAAAAGCUUUUCCUUUCAAAAUCUUUGAAAAAAGAUUAAAACAA